CGUAGGUUACCUUUACAGGUCUGAAUCAUUCCCGAGUAGUUUGUGAGCCGGUGUGUGAUCGUAUGCCUCAGUCAAAGCAGCAGCAGUGUGUUUGUUAUUUUGCUGACAGCAGCUGCCACCACCAUGUCUAGACGAAGCGUUCGCCUGCAGAAAAGAUCAGAAAAUUCUCCUAGGCAGAGAGGCAAAGUAACUAAGCAGAGCAACAGAAAAAAGAUCCAGCCCCUAUCAAAGCUACAGUGUGAGAAGAACCAGCUGGUACUUGAAGGUGUCGCCAAGCAUCCCGUUCUCAUCGAGACUGUGGAGAAGGGAGUCGGGGGCGACUGUGAUGCAGUUCCCCCUUCCACAGAUUCUUUAGUGCGGCCGUCGCCUCUGCCUCAUCUUGGAUGGGGAUCUCCUGAAGAUGUGUGGUUGAAGAUGGUCGGCAGGGAGCAGAAUUACAGACACAGCAAGAGCUUCAUGCAGAAACACCCCACGAUACAACCCAGAAUGAGAUCAAUACUCCUCGACUGGUUAAUUGAGGUGAGCGAGGCCUACACUCUCCACCGGCAGACGUUCUACCUGGCGCAGGACUACUUUGACCGCUUCAUGCUGACGCAGGACAACAUUGAAAAGAGCAUGUUGCAGCUCAUUGGGAUAACAUGUCUCUUUAUAGCAUCAAAGAUGGAGGAAGCCUGUCCUCCAAAGCUCUCACAGAUGGCCUAUGUGACUGCAGGGACCUACUUUGAAGAGGAGAUCCUUCAGAUGGAGUUAAUCAUUUUGAAGGCGUUGAGUUGGAACCUUUGUCCGGAAACCGCCGUCUCCUGGCUGAAGCUUUACUUCCAGGUGGGGUCGAUGAACGCUGACUCUGACCUGCUGAAGCCGCAGUUUCCACAGGAUGCUUACGUACAAAUGACACGGCUGUUAGACCUGUGUAUCCUCAACAUAAACUCUCUGGACUUUGAGUAUAGAGUGUUGGCUGCCUCCGUCCUGGGCCAUUUCAUUCAGCAGGAAACGGCCGAGAAAGUUUCAGGUCUGUCGAGAGAUGCCGUCAAGCUGUGUGUGGACUGGAUGGCCCCCUUUGUGGAGUCGGUGAACUGGUUCGGCAGAGCGCCGCUGAAGGAUUUUGCCAGAAUAAAGGAAGAAGACAGACACGACAUCCAGACGCACACGCACUACAUGUCCAUGCUGGAAGUCAGUCAAAAGGAGGAAAACAGCCAGUUCCUCACUCCUCCCAACAGCACAGAGAAAACCUGCACACACUGAACCAGAAGAGGAAGACUCUGGUGUGAGAGUGAGCACAGAGGACACAGGAAGUGAAGGUCCCACGGAGUCUUGUUAAUAGGAAACCGCGGGUGAAAAAAAGACUACUUUACCUGGAAUACCGAGUCUGGAUGAGAGUUUAUUUCAAGCCUGCUGAUGUUAAAUGUGUCACCAAUGGCAUUAUCCAGGAUAAUAUUGAAAGACUUUAAAUCUUGACCAAAGCUUUUUUUUAAAAUUGAUUUUUAGCAACUAGGUGCUUUUAAUUCAGAGUGUCAAAUGUCAUUUCUAGGAAAUGAUGUUCUAUUACUCAAAGAGAUGUGCAAUCGUUUACUCCUGUAGCAUAUUAAAUAUGUUCCUAGUCAACAGAAUAAAACCUUUUGAAACACUGCUUCAAGGUCAGUUGAAAUGCUGCAUAGGCCUCAAUUUCACCUGUCAGCUAAUGUGUAAACAGUAUGAACCCUGAUGAAAGCCAUGUGGCAGAAAGCACUGGCUGAAUAAAGGGUGUACUCUUCAGUGUUUCUCAGUGAUCUUUACCACGCUGUUGUAAACAAGCCAUUGUUUGUGUAACUCAGGGCUACGAACUGUCAAUGAUGUAUUUUUUUUUUAAUGAUUACAAAUGUACAUAUGAGCAACUGUAUUUAUUUUCUACUACAAAAUAAAAUAUACAUCUCCCCCCCA